GUUCAAUUUUAAACAACCGACAGUGUUUAACAAAAAUAAUCAUCUUCAGAUCACAAUGAAAUCCUUUACCGCUGCUGCUGUUAUCUCCACCUUGGCUGCUGCCAAUGCCGGUUUUGCUCCCGCUCCCUUGACUUAUGCUGCUGCUCCUUAUGCUGCCGCUCCCUUUGCUGCUGCUUCUCCCUAUGUAGCUCAUCCUUAUGCUGCCGCUCCCUACGUAACUGGCCACGCUGCCUACUCUGCUCCUUUGGUAGCUAAGACUUUCGCCGCUGCUCCUGCUUUUGCUGCCCCUGGUCCAGUCUACGCUGCUGCCCCAGCUCCUUAUGUAGCCACCCCUGUUGCUAAGACUUAUGCUGCUGCUCCCUUGGUAGCUAAGACUUUCGCUGCUCCCGUCUACGCUGCUGCUGCUCCAGCCCCAGUUUUAGCUAAGACCGUUGCUGCUCCAUUGGCCGCUCCCGUUGCUGCUGUAGCUGCUCCCGUUGUAGCCAAGGCUGAAGUUGUUGAUGCCUACCCUCAAUACAAAUUCGCCUACAAUGUUCAAGAUGCUUUGACCGGUGACUCUAAGACUCAAGAAGAAACCCGUGAUGGUGAUGUAGUACGUGGCUCUUACUCUCUCAUUGAAGCCGAUGGCUCCCGUCGUAUUGUCAACUACUAUGCUGAUGAUAUCAACGGUUUCAACGCUGUUGUCUCCAAGGAUGUUCCCGUAGCUGCUGCCCCCGUUGUAGCUGCUCCAGCUCCCGUUGUUGCCAAGACCUUCGCCACCCCCAUUCUAAUUAUUUAUCUUCAUUUCGUUAUCUAUUCCUCUUCGUUUCCCGCUAAAGUUUUUAAUAUAAAAAGCCAAUUGAUGUCGCUAACGAUAUGUCAGUUCAAUUUUAAACAACCGACAGUGUUUAACAAAAAUUUUCAUCCUCAGCCCACAAUGAAAUCCUUCACCGCUGCUGCUGUUAUUUCCACCUUGGCUGCUGCCAACGCCGGCCUUGCCCCCGCUCCCUUGACUUAUGCUGCUGCUCCCUAUGCUGCCGCUCCCUUCGCUGCUUCUCCCUAUGUAGCUCAUCCUUAUGCUGCUGCUCCUUAUGUAGCUGCUCCUGCUGCCUACUCUGCUCCUUUGGUAGCCAAGACUUUCGCCGCUGCUCCAGCUUUUGCUGCCCCUGGCCCAGUUUAUGCUGCUGCCCCAGCUCCUUAUGUUGCCGCCCCUGUUGCUAAGACUUAUGCUGCUGCUCCCUUGGUAGCUAAGACUUUCGCCGCUCCCGUUGUAGCUGCUGCCCCAGCCCCAGUUUUGGCUAAGACCGUUGCUGCUCCUUUGGCCGCCCCCGUAGCCCCCGUUGCCCCUGUUGCCGCCGUAGCUGCUCCCGUUGUAGCCAAGGCUGAGGUUGUUGAUGCCCACCCUCAAUACAAAUACGCCUACGAUGUCCAAGAUACUUUGACCGGUGACUCCAAGACCCAAGAAGAAACCCGUGACGGUGAUGUAGUACGUGGCUCUUACUCUCUCAUCGAAGCCGAUGGCUCUCGUCGUGUUGUCAACUACUAUGCUGACUCCGUCAACGGUUUCAACGCUGUUGUCUCCAAGGAAUUGCCCGUAGCUGCUGCCCCUGUUGUAGCUGCCCCAGCUCCCGUUGUUGCCAAGACCUUCGCCGCCCCUAUUGUUGCUUAAUUUUAUUUUAACAGAAAAUUAAGCUAUCAAUGAAAAUCUUCUUGUGAGAUUACUUCAGUACCAUUUUUUUGCCAAUUUGCCUUUAAUUCUUAGCUAAUCUUUAUCUCUUUUUCUUGCUAAGUCUUAUCUAUCCCUCUUAUUUGCUAUUGUCAGCUGUUUAAAUUAACUCUUUCUAUGUGGUCAAGGUGCUGUCAAAUAAUGGCAAUAGCGUAAGCGAUAUUCAUUUGUAAAUAACAUUUUCUACAAUCAUUGUCGUUGUUGUAAGAAAAAUUCAACUUUCAUCACUUACCCUGACCAUGAUUUUGAUUAUAUUGUUAAAUAAAAAUUAUUUUUUGAAAAAA